AUGGCCUGGCAUCGUUGUGAGCAAUGCGGGAAGAAAUUCGCAUUUCAAAAAUCGCUCCUGGAACAUCAGUCUCAGGCACACCACACGAAGAUCCGCUCCGAGGUUCUUCGUUGUAAGCAAUGUCCUUACGAGGCGGUCGGCAGCACGGCAGAUCUUGAGCUCCACGAGCGCUUGCAGCAUGCGAAUGGAAACUCGCAGAGGAAUAAGUGCAAUAAGUGUCGGAAAUCCUUCGAUUCUCUACCAGCACUCCUUCGGCAUAAGGAAAUCCUCCAUCCCUCAGAAGAAGAGUAUGCUCUCCAGUUGAAACCGCGGGCAUCGAAUUUCCCCAAGUCAAAGUCAGUUGACGCGAAGUGGACCACAGCUUACGACGACUCUCUGUCCUCUCCGAGAGUGCCUCCAAUCGAGACCCAAAUCGCGCGGAGCGAGAAGAACAAGAAACUGAAAAUUUCGACCAAGUACAAGAAAAACACAAAGCAAUCUCCUCCGAAGAAACGAAAGUACGAAACGAAAUACGAUGGCGAAAUUUCGAGACAGCAUCGAGCUCGACGCGAUAUCUCGGAUAAUCAAGUGGACGGAGAUUUUGCUCGCGUGCUGGACCGCGUGAUCAAGCUGACAGCUCCGAAAGCCCGAUCCAGGCUCCAAACUAUGUGGAAACGUUUGCGUUCGAUGCUGUUCAACACGAAGGACGGCGCGAAUGGGGAGCGAGCUGACGAGCUCACCAAGGCACUAUUCCAGCAGCUCUUCAAACAAUUUGAUCUUCCAACUGUUCUAAGGAAACGUGCUGAUAAGCUCCGCAGACGAGUCGGCCCGAGCGGAGCAGGGCAAUCGAGCAACUCAACAGCGGAUAGUCUGAAGAAAGACGACAGUGUGCGGGUUGUGGACUUCCGUAAGAAAGGCGAGGAAUCGAAGAGUGGAGAUAAUCAGAUACAGCAGUGGCUUGGGAUGGUCACGGAUGGGGAUAAAAGUAUUGCCAAGAAGGAGAAAAUAGAUGUCGAAAGCGGGACAUCCACCACGACCACUACCGCCGCACCAACGAGUACAACGAGGUUCCCGCAACUUUCCCUAUUCCAACGACGGAAAGGACCCGUCCGGGUUUCCGUGAAAGUCCCUCAGAAACACGCGAAAUCCGGAAUCCGACGUUUUGCUCCCGCUCAAGUAGGGGCGUUCCGAUCGAAGCCCUGA